GAUGCAAGUGCUGCUGCAACAACUGGCUCAUUACAGAUGUUGUUCUCUUCCUGACAGUGCCCAACAGCGUACACCGUGAUGACAAGCAAAGAAUAUUACAGAAGGAUUCUUCAAGGUUAAUUUCUAAAGGAAAAUAUGAGCAGUAGAUGCACUUUCUGCCUCCUUUCCUGUUUGGUCUGCUUAUGUCACUAUACGCUUACCUUACAAUGGCCUGUAAAUGGAAAGCAACCAAAAAGUUACACUUACACAGAACUUACCGUGACUGGUAAAGACCUGAAAGUAUGUGAGCACCAAAAACACAUUUGUGUUUUGGAUACUAACGACUGUGGCUCUGUUUCAGCACAUGGGAACAACAUGUUUUUGAACACAUCGUGUCGUUAUCUUUUCAAUGAGAAAUCCUUUGGAUGCAAAUGGACUUAUUUAAAUGAUGUCAAAACCAAGAUGAUACAUUCAUUUAUUUUCAGUCGAAACAAAGGCUUCAGCCACUGCCCUUCUAUUUUAAACUUACUUUCUGGUUUUAACCUAACCAUAAAGUCAAAGGAUCCCCAUAGGAAAAUCGAAAGAUUUUCGGAAGUCUACUCAAUAACUAUAGAAAACAUAGUCCAGUUUCCACGUCCUGAUGUCAUAUCAGUGAAUGCUACAGAGACAUCACUGAAUGUAACAUGGAUCAAACAAUGGGAAAGCAAAAAAUGUCUUGUACGGUACAAACACUCAACCAUGAAUGAAUGGAUGGAGGAAGAAGAUUCUGAAACAUUUCAUGUUAUUGAGGGCCUGCAACCUUUAAGCCAGUACAGUCUUACUGUUGCCUGCAUUGGGGAAUAUGGAAUGCUGAGUGAAUGGAGUGCAGAAUUUCAAGCAAAGACAUUAGAGGGUGUCCCAACUGCACCACCUAAUGUCAGUUACCGUGUUGAGUCACUAGACAACACCUUCAGAACUCAAAAGCUCCUACUAGUAUGGAAGGCUUUAGCGAUAAAUGUGGCUCGAGGGGUCAUUCUUGGAUAUGAGGUGACCUACGCAUCAACCAAGCAACCAGCUCUGGCCAAAAUAAUUACCAAUAACCUGAAGGCUGAGUUAGAGGUGGCUCCUGGAGACUACAACGUAACAUUGAUGGCCUAUAACAGUGCUGGCCAAUCUCCUGUUCGUCAUGUUAGAAUUAACACUGCUUCUUAUGAAAGUUUGCCAGGAGUCAAAGGACUCUGGGCCAGCACUGAAGCAGAUUCACUGAGGAUUCGAUGGGAGACAGAGACGGCAGCUGUGAGUGUUAGUGAGUUUGCCAUUGAGUGGUUCUCGCUCAGUCAUGCUGCCUCUAGUCAGUGGAAAAGAGUUAAUGGUGCCACAUUUUCAACUGUUCUAACAGACAGUAUCAAACAACUGGAGAUCUACACUAUCAAUGUGUAUCCCCUUUAUGAAAGUCUCUGUGGACCUUCAGAGUCAGUCCAGGCCAGCUUAGAGAAUGGCACUCUUUUGGACAUUGUCCACCUCCGACUUGUGAAUGUGACAAAAACAUCUGUGACAGUCCGAUGGGUGUGGCAGAGAAAAGCCAAUGGCACGAAUGUACUUCAGUACAGACUUGCAUUAAGUGCUCUAGAUGAAAGUGAAACAAAAUUUUUAACAGUUUUUCCACACCAGUGUCAACACUCAUUCUACAAACUACAGACAAAUGUCAAGUACUCCGUGUCUAUUUACGGAGAAACCAAGUCGGGUAACUUUAAAAAGACAAAUAUUGAAUUUACUACACCUCUUUAUGAAAACGAUGAAAUCAUAAAAGCUGCAGUUCCAAUAGUACUUCUGAUAUUUGGAUUUGGUAUUUUCUCAGUUCUCUCAAGAACAAUUUAUAAGGACUACUUCUUCCCCAGCAUUGCGAACCCCAGCCAUAGUGUUAUUGGACGCUGGCUGCUAAAUCCUUUCCAUGAGAAAGAUACUGUUAUGAGGGUGCUACAGUUGGAGGAUUUCUCACUGACCAAUCAACUCAUUGAAAAGGCUCUCAUGCAAAUGGAGCACCAAAAGUUCUCAGAAAAAGGAGUGGUUGACGAAGACAUGAUGUACCUUCCUGAUAACAGUGCAGUGGAAAAUGAUGGUGCGGAAAAUUCUGAGGCUUCCCCUAGUCUUACUGAGUAUGUUGAUUUGCCUUUGCUUCCUGAUAACUUUGGUUAUGUUGAAAAUUGUUACAUACCUGAGAGUACUAGCUAAGAUUACUGAAUAACUAAAAUAACAACAGAGACCAUUCCAUAACUGUGCAAGCAUUCAUUCUCUUUUAGCACCAGCUUAGACAGCAACCUAAUUAUUACAACAGGUGUUGACAACUGCAUCUUUAAGGAAUGCUCUGCACUGCUUAAUAUAUUUUUUAACUGUGCUUCCCAUUGUCUUAACAUAUGUAAUAAUAUCCUUUAGAUAUCAGAGGAUAAUGGACUUGUCGCUGGUUGCGAAUUUAAGAAGCUCUUACUUUAUGUAGACUUACUGUCUGUAGUUUAGUUGAAGUAAUGUAUUUUUAGUACUUAACAGUUUAAUACUUUAUGUGUGGUGUUCCAUGUUAAUAAUACACACAAUCUCUGCCACAUAUCAAAAGGGAGACUGUGACAUUGUGGUACAUUUUAUUAAGAGAAAUUACUAGUUUUUGUGAUGCUGUGAUGUUUCCAUUUGCGAUAAGGUUACUAAACUCUUCUGUGUAGUGUACAUUAUUGUCUGCCUGUAAGAUUUCCAGCUUUUAUAAGAAUGCAUUGAUGAAAUUAUUGUGUAUUUUCCCAUAAUUCUCAUAUACUAUAUAUUGUUUAAUGUGUAUUGUAUUGUAUUGCAUAUUGUUUACUAUAUGUAUGUAUUACAUUGUAUGUUAAUGCACCAGAAACAACUACCAAAGUCACACCAUGUGGCAAUAAAAGAAUUAAAGUUGUUCACAAUAAAA